AUGCCUGGUGCCAUGGAAAGAGCAUCGCCGCACCGGUUUCAUGCUUCGAAUCGACGGAAAUCAUCUGCGGUUGUGGCUCCUAUUCCAGCUAUUGAUACCUUGGGCUGGAAGUGUCCCGCAGCCCAAGCUUUGCGCUCAGGUGGACCUGCAGCCGACAUUUGUGUGCACUGGGCAGAGAAAACUUGCACACUAGCUGAACAACAUGUCCAAGAGGCCUUCAGCAAGAUGAAGGAUAGAUUGAUCUCCAUUGCACAUCGUCCACCAUCCGGCAGCAUCCCUAUGGUGUUGGCCCUUGCUGGUUCUGACACAGAGGAUCAUGAAGCCACCAUGCGUCUUGCAGAGGUUUUGUUUCGCGAAACGAUUUCAACUGCUUCGACUGCGCGGAUUCAUCCAAGUGAAUUGCGAAGUCUGACAUAUGCGAAUCGCAAAAUCAUGGAGAAACUCAGGAACCCAGACUCGACUUCAACAUCUUCCAACGCAGAUGCAAGUAGCCAAGAGGAUCCAGAUGUUGAGGAGGAGGAUGAAGAACCCAAUGAGGAGUUUCCGUCAUUCAACUUUUCGGAAGCUCUCCAGAGGGGCAAAGACGGUCGUAUUCCUCUCACGGUGCUCUUGUUCCAGGGGAUGGACGCAGCUCCAAAGGAUGUGCUCAGGCAGGUUCUAUGUUUCUGGCAUGCGCAGUGUCUGGAGAACGGCGCCCCUUUGCUCAUUUUCUCAGGGUUGAAGCAGCUGCCCCCAAGCCGCCAGUUCCUCUUUGAUCUUGAGGAGGAUGAACAGCUUCCGUUUGUUCACGUGGAUACUGUGCAAUUGCUUGAUUCAACAAAAGUCUGCGAGCAGCUGCUUGACUGCCUCAUCGAGGAUUGCUCCUGUCCUCUGACGAUGUGUCCAGACAUCCUCAAGAGGUUAAGGGAGAUCUAUUGCUUUCAGCGGCAGAGCGUGUCCCAUAUUCUUCAAGCGCUCUUCUUGCUUUUCGAUGAUGCAAUGGCAGAGAGCGCAAUUUCAGGGUUUGGCGCCCCUUUGCUCCGGCUUUGCAACGAUGGCAACGAUGCCCCGCCCGGCAUGGUGCGCACGCAUUUUCAGAAUGAAUUUCGGCGCCGCGCCAAGGCCAUGUGCAGCCAAGAAGUAGCAAAGCAGUUUCAGCAUCUCUGGCCUGAUGAGGGGCGCUCCUCCGCUCCUCUGCGGAUGGCAGAUGCGGCGGCUGAGGCGAUGGAAUGGAGAUGCAGCUUGGUGGCCUCGCUGCCACUCUACGAGGUGUUGAUGAACGGUGCAUGGAGCACGGCCAAAUUCUACGAGCGACUGCUUCUUGGCAGAAAGGCUGACUCCCAGCCCCUGUGGUCAGCGGUCACUGGCAGUGACUUCCGAGGCGGAGAAUCCAUCCUUUCCUGGAGGUGGUUUGGCCGGUACCUGCAAGUGAAGAGGCCGGAGCUUUUGCAGAUCUGA